UGUGGCAACUAUGUGUACUGACAGAUCUUGUCGAGUGUACAGUGUGGCCAGCAAGAACUGUGUACACAAUAUCUCCAAGAUGAGCCUUCCUCUUCCAAAACCUCCGAAAGAGGAUGACACAGACCUCAAAACUGAUGUUAAACCAGAUAAACCCAAGAGUUUUAGGAUGUUUCAUGACGAUACUAUGCGAUCUUUCUUCCGAAGACUAACAUUUUCUCCCGAUGGUGAGAUUCUGAUUACGCCCGCAGGUUGUAUGGAGAUCGGAGAUAAGGUUAUCAACUCUACAUAUCUAUUUUCUAGGCACAACUUAAACAAGCCAGCUGUCUAUCUACCCAGUCCCAAAAAAGCCACGAUAUGUGCCAGGUGCUGCCCUCUACUGUACCAACUUCGCAAAAUACACCGAAAUGGAACAACAGAUCAUACGAAUAACAAUUUAAAAGAAUGGGAAAAAUAUACAACUUUAUUCUGUCUGCCCUACAGGAUAGUGUUUGCUGUAGGGACGGAGGACUCUAUCCUACUAUACGACACACAACAAUUGACACCGUUCGGCUACAUCAGCAAUAUACAUUAUCACCAACUCAGCGACCUCGCCUGGUCACCAGAUGGCCGAUUCCUGUUUGUAAGUUCUACAGACGGCUACUGUACCAUGGUUGUAUUUGAUGAGGGAGAGAUUGGAGAAGUGUACGUACCGGAGGAAGUGUCUGAUCCGUCUGACAGCACAGGGGUAGAUGUUAAAGACGAGAAACGAUCACAACCAAGUCCUGCUCCGUCCUCAAAUAGUUCUAGAAGUGAAGACCCAAUGAUCAUGGAGACAGAUUCCUGUAGCAACGAUCUUAAACUUAUUCUGGAAACGUCAAAUGAUGAUCUGCCAAAAGACUGUGUCGAUGAGGAGAAAUUGAACUCCGAUGUGGUGGCAUCACAAACUGUUGAGAAAGUUUUGCCUAGUGCUCCUACCAGCCAGCCUGACAUGGAUAAAGACAAACCGAAGCCCUCUAUAGCAGGCCUCAACAUCCGUUCCUCCUCUGGACGACGGAUACAACUCACCACUCUCUCACUUAACAAACCCAAGUGACGAAGAAAUCUUGUUAUAGGGAUGACAAACUCAACAGAAAAUUCUUUUCAGUCAGAAUGUUUCCAAAUAUAUUCAAAGUUCACAAUGAAAUUUUCUUGUGUCUUAACUCUGAAGGCAAAAAGUAUGAAAUUAUUGACAACAACCACGUUUUCAAAACAAUUGAAGAAUGAUUGAGUUGAUGAGGCCAUAUAGGACGAGUUUUUAUAUGGCAUGCACAGUAAAUAAAAUAACCAGAUAUUUCCUUGUAUUACUUAGCAAUUGGGGAGUAUUUUCUCAUUCAGCAAAUCUUUUCACUCCUUCCAAAAAGCACUUUUACAUUGUGAAAAAUAUUGAAGGCUAUAUUCGUUAAAUUAAUGUAUUGUUAGGGAUGUCUUACGGUAAAAUAUUACACUAUAUAUAAAACAUUUCUCAAAAGAAUUGAUAGGAUAUAGAUUACUCAAAUAAAUGUUGUUUUGAAUAGCAAAUUAUAAAACCCGACCAGGCAUCUGAAAUUUUGCUACCACUAGCCCUCAACCACUGGGUCGCGGGUUCGAGGCCUACAUGUGGGGCAGUCGCCAGGUACUGG